AUGUCUAGCAAAUUGCCCUGUACUUUCAACGUCGAAAUUCAAACUCGAAAACCGGAAGAGUUUGCUCCACUCUCUCCAAUCUCCUCGCUCACCCGCAAAAAUUUGGACGCUGCGGCUGGUGGUGUUGUGGUAGCUGGGCUUCCUGAUGGUGUUAAACGUCUUGACCUAGAUCUUAAUAGCGAUGGCUUCCCCUUAGCCUGUUCACUUAAUAGUGUGGUGAAAGCCUUUGGGUACAAACCUACGCUAUUUGUAGCCAAAUUACGGCCCAUGUACCAACCAUCAUCAAAUUCGCUAUCGUCGCUUAUAAGCUCUAUGGUGUCACCGGGAUGUAUUGUAAGUUCAUCUCCCAACCUAGCAUUAAAUUCUUUUAUGACGCUAAAGUAA